GUGUUAAAGUAAUGUGCUGAACACAAGGAUGAGUGAGGCAGUUAAAAGUCGCACAGCGCCUAAAGACAACUUGGACAAAGUGGGGAAGGAUCAUGCAACCAGAGGGGGAGCCGAAUACCUGCAAGAUGUUCUUGGUGACGUGUUAGCUGGUGCUCUGUCCUCGGUGGCACGGGAACGGCCACCUGAUCCAAUCCAAUUUGUGGCCAAUUACUUGUACAAGGUUCGACAAGAACAACUACAUGCCGACGAGGGCGAAAGGCAAAGCGAGGAUGAAGACAGUGGGCAUUUUGAAGAUCAAGAAGCUCCUUCAAAUAAGAGCUCCUCAACGGGUUCCACUUUGGAGUUAGGAGGAAGAGGGUGGAAGUCGGUCAAAUCUUCAGGGGCUCAGGCUAGAUCCGUUCAUUCCAAGCACAGUCAACUCACCAAGGGACCAUCCACGUCGUCCUCAACAGAGGGUGCUCCUUAUUCACGCCAUCACCACCAUCGGCGGCAUCAUCACACCCGCCAAAGGUCAAGACGUAGACGCACAGCGCAAAGCGAGCCCGCUCACUCUGUUACCUCUCCUGCGUCUUUAACCUACAACCCCAAGAAGCGGGACGAGAGCGGACCGCGCUCGCGUAGCCUGACCGGCCCACGCAUUUAUGAAAAGAAUGACCCUCGUCGGAUGUACAGUAAAAAGGUGCCCAUUGCUGCGCUUGAAGGAGCGGAAUAUCGCAAACGCCGCGGUCUGCGCCUGCCUCCAAUGAUAGACUCUCCAACGGUCAACUCAGAAAUUGAGGACGUCAAUUAUGACAUCAAAGGCAAGGCCAAGCCUAAACAACUCCAGCCCAUGGAUUACAUGGACCGUUUUGAUUGGCAGCGUCACUUGAAAAAGAACAAAAAACUCAUGAAAGAGAAUCGAAUCAUCAACAACAUGAUCUAGGCCCUUGUAGCAGGCCUCGCCAGAGGCAAAUGCAAUAACAACUUGACUCGCUCCAUGUUGCGCUGUGCCUUACCACAUCAUGGUGGUCAAUAAUUCAUUAUCAUUUG